AUGGAGCUCCUCCGUCUCAUCGCUUUAGCUGAUUUGAACACGAACCUUGUGGAAAGUACCCGAAUUCACAGCCGCUGCGUCUCUCACGGUUUGAUCCCCACAGCAUGAAGGCAAUUAGUCCCGUCCGUUCAGUGAGGAACUGCUACAAGGCCGUUUGCUGCAUCUCGGAGCAGAGUCUCGCCAUCGGCCGGAAUAAACACUCCUGCUUGGACGAGUCUGUGAGCGCGCUGUGCGACAUGAACGACUGCUACUCCAAGCUGAAGGAGCUGGUGUGCAUCCCUCAGAACAAGUCUGUGAGCCAGGUGGAGAUCCUGCAGCAGGUCAUCGACUACAUCUUCGACCUGCAGAUCGCGUUGGAGGCGGAGGACGCAUCUGUGCCGGAGAUGGUUUUAUCCAUAAAGGCUGCGGACCUUACGCACACAUUAUCCAAAGAGGAUGAGCGGUUAUGCCAUUAGGAUGAGGAUGGAACAUUAUUGGUGCAGGGAAACACAUGUCUCCACUUCACUCCGGGCAAGAGGACAAGAGGGGUAAAAAAAAAAAAAAGAGAAAGCAAGAAAGAAAAAGGAAAGGGGGCUGGG